UCCUAGUUUUUUUUGUCUUUUGUUCUGUUUCUUUCGUGCGUGGGGUUCCGGGAGCUAGGUUUGAUGAUAAUGUUGGACAUAAUCUCAAACCAGCUCCGUCUCUGAAUCCAUUUCAUCCGCCAUUGUUGCUGUUUUCAUCUUCUUGGAUAUUUACGUUAAAUUAUCAUCGCAAAUUUUAUAAAGGGAAAAUGAGGUGUUUCUCUUGUCUCAGCACACGAACCAAUGACAUGAGAAUCAACAUCGAUACCCUUUCGUACCUAACCGAUAAUUCCUCAGUUGAUACAAGAAGCGACUCCACGGGAACAGGCUCGCAAUCUGGCAUUUUAGUUGAUGGGAAAGUGAAUAGCCCUAAACCGGGAGGUGGUGCACGGAGCUUCACGUUCAAGGAGUUAGCCGCCGCCACGAAGAAUUUCCGGGAGGUGAAUAUGAUCGGAAAAGGAGGAUUCGGGAGUGUCUUCAAGGGACGUUUAUAUUCAGGACAGGUGGUGGCGAUCAAGCAAUUAAACCCAGAUGGACAUCAAGGAAAUCAAGAAUUCAUAGUUGAAGUUCUUAUGCUUAGCGUCUUCCAUCAUCCAAAUUUAGUAACUUUGAUCGGUUACUGUACUUCUGGUGCUCAGAGACUUCUUGUUUAUGAAUACAUGCCAAUGGGCAGCUUAGAAGAUCAUCUUUUCGAUCUUGAGCCUGAUCAGAAACCUCUAAGCUGGAAUACUCGGAUGAAAAUCGCGGUUGGUGCAGCUCGUGGGAUCGAGUAUCUUCACUGUAAAAUAAGCCCACCCGUGAUUUACCGUGAUUUGAAAUCGGCAAACAUAUUGUUGGACAGAGACUUUAGCCCCAAACUCUCUGAUUUUGGACUCGCCAAAGUCGGUCCGGUCGGUAACCGGACAUAUGUAUCGACUCGGGUCAUGGGUACUUACGGAUACUGUGCUCCAGAAUACGCGAUGAGCGGGAAAUUAACCAUUAAAUCGGAUAUCUAUUGCUUCGGUGUAGUCUUGCUUGAGCUGAUUACUGGCAGGAAAGCUAUUGAUUUGAGUAAACCAAACGGAGAGCAGUACCUUGUUGCUUGGGCUCGACCGUAUCUCAAGGAACCGAAGAAAUUCGGACAUCUUGUGGACCCGUUGCUGCGUGGAAAGUACCCGAAGAGGUGUCUAAGUUACGCGAUUGCCAUAACCGAGAUGUGUCUGAACGAAGAUGCGAAUCGACGACCGAAAAUAGGAGAUGUCGUGGUGGCAUUUGAGUAUAUAGCCGCUCAGAGCAAAUCUCAUGAUGCUAGAAGAGCGGCUCGCAAGUCUACGGACUCUGACCGGUCAAGAGGAGAAACAAAACUGAGUUACUGAAAGGUUGUGUGAGUGAGUCGAAUGUGAAACCUCUGACAGAAACAGAAGGUUGCUGAUAAGACCGCGUUUACUAAUUGUUUUUGUCUUCUUGUUUUUUUUGUGGGUUUUUGUUUAGUCAGCGUUAAUAAGAAUGGGAUUUGGUCGGAUG